GCAGGUCUGACACCAUGAACCAGGUGGAUUCUGUCCAGCAGCAGCGGACUGACAGUGUGUGUCUGGAGGACAAAGUGCGGAUGAAACGCCUCCAUGAGCCGCAGGACGUUGUUCUGAAGCAAACCGCUGUGUUGCCUGCAGAUGUCCAAGAGGUGUUGGUGAUAAAAGAAGAGGUUCCCUGGAGCCCCAGUCUGGACCAAGAACAAGAGCUCCUCCAUGAACAGGAGGAACAGGAGGACCUGUGGACCAGUGAGGAAAGAGAGCGGCUUAAUGGGCUGCUGGAGACUGAUUUCACCAGCUUUACAUUCACUGGUGGACCUGUGAAGAGUGAAGACGACGAAGACGAUGAAGACACACCGCAGUCCUCACAGCUUCAUCAGAGCCAAACUUCAGACCACGGAGAGGCAACCAGCAGCUCAACUAAAUGGAUAAAAACUGAAAGCGAUGAAGAGGACUGGGGAGUGCCAGAAACAGCCUGGAACCCAGAUGCAAAUCGUCAUUUACAACCAAAUGCUGACGGAAAUCCUUCAGACACUUCUGAGACUGACGAUAGUGACGAAAAUGAGGACUAUUGGCAGGAGCCUUUGUCAGAUUGUACACCUGAAACUGACGACAGGAUGCCAGAGUCAGGCGUAAAUAGUGAAAAUGUAGAUGGGCACAUGAGAGUUCACACAGUAGAGAAACCAUUUGGUUGUGACAUGUGUGGAAAAAGAUUUACACACCAGCAAAAUUUAAAGACACACAUGAGAAUCCACACCGGAGAGAAACCUUUUGUUUGCAAUAUUUGUGGUAAAAGAUCUCGGCAUCAGAAUAACCUUAAGACACACAUGAGAAUCCACACAGGAGAGAAACCAUUUGUUUGUGACAUUUGCGGCAAAAGAGCUCGGCAUCAAAAUAAUCUUAAGGUGCACAUGAUGAUCCACACAGGAGAGAAGCCAUUUGGUUGUGAUAGCUGCGGCAGAAGAUUUAACCGUAAAUCACAUCUUAGAACGCACAUGGUAGUACACACAGGAGAGAAACCGUACAGCUGCGACAUCUGCGGUAAAAGAUUUAACCGAAAAACACAUCUUAGGGCACACAUGAUGGUCCAUUCGGGAGAGAAACCGUACAGUUGCGAUGUUUGUGGUAAAAGAUUUAACCGCAAAACACAUCUGGAGACGCACAGCACAGUUCACACGGGAGAGAAACCAUUUUGUUGUGCUGUUUGCGGUCAAGGAUUUACCCAACAGGGAAGCUUAAACAGACACAUGCGGUUCCACCUAGGAUAGAAAUGCAAAUUACAGUUGGAGGGUUUGUUGUGAAACUGUAAGUUUGUUGGGAAAACCUGCAGCAGAGACUCCGAGUUAUUUUUCUACAACUUGGAGCUCUGUUUUUUGUUGUUGACAUUAUUUGGAAUUCUUGUAUAUUAUAAGUUAGAAGUAAUAGCAGCCGGUCAAUAGGGGGCGCACGUGCAACAUCCCACCAGCUACAAAGCUCAUUUCAUAGUCAGCAAAGUUUGACAUUAAAAUUAGUUAUUAUUUAUUCUUCCUAAUGGGUGCUGUGCCACCAAGAAUUAUUUAACACUAAUUUCUCUUAAUACCAAUAAUGAGAAAUUGCUUAAAGACUCAGCCAGAGAAACAACCAGUAAAACAACAGGAAACAUGAGUGACCACAGACUUGGAAGGAGGAGGAGCUGGGAGACUUUUUGCCCAUGUGUUCCACUCUUGUAGAAAAUAAAUGAUUAAUUUAAAUCCUUUAUACACCAUAACAUUAAAACCACCUGCUUAAUGUUCUGUAGCUGGUCACCACUGAAGGCGUCCAGUGGUGUCAGGCACCAACACAUUCACGAUGUCCAGGACUUAAAGGAUCUGCUGCAAACAGAUUCCACAAAUGCUCAAUCGGAUUGAGAUUUGGGGAGUUUAGAGGCCGAGUAACACCCUGACCUCCUAAUUAUGGACCAGAACAAUGCCUGCAGUGUGGCAGGAAGCAUUAUCCUGCUGAAAAUUCUGCAACAAUGCUUAGGUACAGGUCAGAAUAACGUCUGCAUUCAUGCACGACCCAGGCGUCCUCAGCAGAAUGUUGCAUUGCAAUGAAAUAAUCACAUUUUUUCACUGUCAGUGGUUUUAAUGUUGUGGCUGUAACGCGUAGUCUAAAUGAUGGGGGUGUAUUGCGGUACUUGGAGCCUUAGUUCUUUUGCUUUCAAAUCUUCUUAAUGAAGCAAUAAUUUCCUAAAUGACCACCAGCACAUUUAAUUUACCGUUUGGGAGCAAAAUUACUGGAAGAAAAAUAAUAUUAGUCAAGUAUGUUGUGGAAGAAGUUGACUCUUUAGAAAGAGUCGGGUACGUCCGAGUCAGUCUGAGGCAGCACGCUGCAGCUGUUGGCAUUGCACUUUAAGUUAUUCCUACGUUUGUUAUCGCCUUAAGCCUCGGCUGGUCACUACAUUUGUUGGGACCAGCAGGCGGCGAAAAGCUGAUGCCACUUUCUAUAUGCACUUUUGUUUAUUGUUGUAACAGUUUUUGCCUUGUUAUUGUCAAAACUUUUACGUUAUUAAGUAAAAAAACAAAAAACAAAAAAACAACUGAAUAUAUGUGUUCAUGAGAAAUGGCAAAGAAUAGACAUUCAGCAUAAAUGUUGAACUGAAUCAUUUUCAUUUAAAUAAACUGAAAGUUUAUGCAAA